AUGAAUCCCUCCUCUCCUACUCACCAUCGACCCAGCCCCAACCAGUCUCCAAUCCCAGCCAGCAACCAACCGAUUCGCCGGAAACUGGUCAUCAUCGGCGAUGGGGCUUGCGGAAAAACCAGUCUGCUCAGCGUCUUUGCCAUGGGCGAAUUUCCAGAGGACUACGAACCAACGAUCUUCGAGAAUUAUGUCGCCGAGAUUAGACUGGAUAGCAAACCGAUUCAGCUUGCGCUAUGGGAUACCGCUGGUCAGGAGGAGUACGAGAGACUUCGACCGCUCUCCUAUUCAAAAUCUCAUGUCAUCCUCAUCGCCUUCGCCAUCGAUACUCCAGACUCACUCGAGAACGUAACCGUCAAGUGGAUUGAAGAGGUUCGUUCGAUUUGUGGACCCACCAUCCCGGUCAUCCUUGUUGGUUGCAAGAAGGAUUUGAGAGAUGCCGACGGCGGAAUGAACCCAUCCCUCUUUGUCCAACAUGCAGAAGCAGAGCAGGUAGCCAAUUCGAUUAAUGCGAGAUGCUACAUGGAAUGUUCCGCGCUGAAGAACGAAGGUGUGGAUUCGAUUUUUGAAUCAGCUACCCGAGCGGCCAUGCUAGUCCGACAACCAGCGCAUUCCAGCUCAAAUACCGGCGGCCAUCCCAACUCAUCCGGAAACGAUGAAAAGAAGUCCGGUUCGAGGGGCAAGAGACGGAAAGCAUCAAAACAGAAAAAUAGCACCAGCUGCUGUACUAUCGUCUGA